ACCACUUCCAACGAUCGCAUUGCCCCCCUCCCUAAUGUGGCUGAUCAGUCGUUCCCCAUUCUUUCACGCACCUUUAGCUAGAUUGCCUUUUCCACGUGAUAGCAGCAGCCCAACUUUCCGUUUCAGUGUUGCUUACUGGAAAACCUAGACUGGUAGCUCCUGGUUCACCCAAACCAUCUUAGACCCGCUUGAGCGGGAAAAAGAACUCUUAGUAGGCUGGUAGCUGCGCACUAGACAUGUCGCUUUCCAGGAGUGCAACGGUCUCUGCGGGGCUGGCCGCAAUCCUGUUCUGCCUCGGCGCGUCGUGUUUCCAUGGCGCGACUGCCGCAAAGCUUCUUCCCGAGAACGUGGUGCAAGGCGGGUACGGCCCGCUCCUCGUGAAGGCCCUCGGGAUGAACGCGACGCUCGAGUACAACCUGACGCAAGGCGGGAAACCGGUGGUACCAGAUGGAGUCAAUGCAACGGUAAAAUCAGCCAGCGCAGGCACCGCGAGCAAAGCAUCCGCCGAGCCGCCGGUCUUCUCGUGCAAAAUCAACGUCACGGGCAAAGUGAAGGGCAAGCACUCGUCGCUGUUCAACCCGUGGGAUCCGUGGACGCGAGUGGGACUGUAUAAGGGGAAGAAGGGGCUGUACGGACAGAUGAUCAACCGGGAUAUCAAGGGGGUUUGGUCGUCGACGGGAUUCCGCGGGCGGAUCAAGGUUUUCACGGCGAAGCUCCAGUUGAGUAAAGCGAAUGCCUCGGCUAUAGCGAAGGCUCCCGCCGACUACUACGUUCAGAUCACGUGGCCGCCCAAGAAGAUGUCGGACUGGUAUUUCACCAUCAGGGGUCAACUGGCGUAGGAGAAUAAUGCGAAAGGCUUUUCGCAUGGGAUGUAGGAUUCGCUAGUGGAGCACCAGUCGCAUAGAGUCGCGGAGCCAACUUUCAGUGUUAUCGCCUCGCCUCGCGUCGCCUCGCCUCGCCGCGCCUCAACUCGCCUCCCAUGAGCAACUCGCCAACUUCCGCCUGUUAUGCCCUUGGAAGUGCCGACGCCCACAGAAGUCUGCAUGGCCUGAUGAUCUCAAUUAUGUAAGUCAGGCGAGAUUGGCAUUUGCUGCUGGACGCGAGACUAGGGGAGCCAAUUUGAGGCAUUUGUUAUGGGAACACCAAGAGGAGGGUGAGUCUGGACAUCUGUAUAGCAGGCGUGUAAUUUUCUCUUAUGGUAGUGACAUGACCAAGCUCUGGCGGUUUUCUAUGACAUGGGUGGUUUCUUUAUCUUUCGUUCUGCUGUGCAUGCUUGUUGCAGCUAAUUUUGUAGCGGUUGUUUAUGUAAGCUCAUGUAAGCUGUAUUGUUGGAGCGUUAAAACCCGCAUCCCA